CGACACUGCGUAUGAAACAGCCUGCGAAACGUCCAGCUAACAAGCUAGAAACAUGUCUAUGUCCCACCUGUAUGGGAAAAGGGACGAGGAGGAGGAGGAUGGCGUGGAGAUUGAGAAGUUUGAGGUGACGGAGUGGGACUUGGCGAACGAGUUCAACCCCGAGCGCCGCCGCCACAGGCAGACUAAAGAGGAGGCCACCUACGGCAUCUGGGCAGACCGCGACUCGGAUGAGGAGAGGCCCAGCUUUGGAGCCGGGAAAAGGACUAAGGACUACUCUGCGCCGGUGAGCUUUGUGAGUGCUGGUCUGCGGAAGACUGCUGCGGAAGAGAAGCAAGAGAGGGCUUCAGAUGACUCUGAUGGGGACGGAGAGCCGGCUCCCCAGCCCACCCGUGCCCCUGCGCCCAAGAAGACACUACAGACUGGUGGCAACUUCAAGAGCCACCAGAGGUCAUUUGCUGCAGGUGUGAGGCCCGGCCAGGACAACCUCGGCAACUGGGAGAAGCACACACGAGGCAUCGGGCAGAAACUGCUGCAGAAGAUGGGUUAUCAGCCAGGCAAAGGCCUGGGAAAGAACGCUCAAGGUAUUGUGAAUCCUAUCGAGGCCAAGGUGAGAAAGGGCAAAGGAGCAGUGGGGGCCUACGGUAACGAGAGGACCAAGCAGUCGCUACAGGACUUCCCCGUAGUCGACUCGGAGGAGGAGGAAGAGAAGGAGUUCCAGAAGGAGCUUGGCCAAUGGCGUAGAGAGCCGGGCGCCGGCAAGAAGAAGCCCAAGUACUCCUACAGGACGGUGGACGAGCUGAAGGCUCAUGGGAAACUGUCCAACAAGAGCAUGGUCACUCCUGCUGGAGAACUGGCCAAGGUCAAGGUGAUAGACAUGACGGGUAGGGAGCAGCGUGUGUACUACAGCUACACCCAGAUGUCCCAUAAGCACAGUGUUCCCGAGGAGCCCACUCUGAGCGAGGUGGUGCGGGAGCAGAAGCCGGCUGGUUUCGCCCUGCCCGAGCUGGAGCACAACCUUAAGCUGCUCAUAGAGCUCACAGAACAUGACAUUUUACAGAGUGCUCGUCAGCUGCAGCAUGAGCGCGACACAGUAGUGACCCUGACACACGAGAGCGCCGCCCUAGAGGAGAGACUGAAGGAGGAGGAUGAGGCCCUGACUCGGCUGGAGCAGGUGCUGGAGCUGGUGGAGCGGUUCGAGGCCUCAAGUGGGGGCAUGGGCGAUGGUGAGCCCCCUGUCUCGCUGCAGGAGUGUGCGCAGGUCUUUGAGAAGCUCCAGAGUGGUUUCUACCAGGAGUACAAGACUCUGGGACUCUCUGACCUGGCAGUGUCUGUGGUGCACCCGCUGCUAAAGAACAAACUCAGCCACUGGAACCCCCUCGACGACUUUGCGUAUGGUCUGGAGGAAGUGGGCCAGUGGAGAGCCAUACUGGAGUCAGACCAGAUGCAUCACGGAGCUCCUGACGCUGCCAACAUGGACCCCUACCACAGGCUGCUGUGGGAGGUUUGGGUGCCGGUGAUCAGGAGCACGGUAGCCCAGUGGCAGCCCAGGACCGUGGGCCCCAUGGUGGACUGCAUCGAGUGCUGGGCCCCCAUACUGCCCCUCUGGAUACUCGACUACCUGCUGGAACAACUCAUCUUCCCCCGGCUACAGAAGGAGGUGGAGAACUGGAACCCUCUGACGGACACGGUGCCCAUCCACGCGUGGCUGCACCCCUGGCUGCCCCUAUUGCAGGGCCGCCUGGAGCCGCUGUACCCGCCCAUCCGCAGCAAGCUGGCCAACGCCCUGCAGCGCUGGCACCCGAGCGACGCCUCCGCCCGCCUCAUCCUCCAGCCCUGGAAGGAGGUGUUCACGCCAGGCGCAUGGGAGGCAUUCAUGGUCAGGAACAUCCUGCCCAAGCUGGAGUUGUGUCUGUCGGAGUUGGUAGUGAAUCCCCAUCAGCAGCAUAUGGAGCCGUUUAACUGGGUGAUGGACUGGGAAGGCAUGCUCUCCCCAUCCAGUAUGGCGGCCCUGCUAGACAAGAACUUCUUCCGCAAGUGGCUGCAGGUGCUGUGCUCGUGGUUGAGUAACAGUCCUAACUAUGAGGAGAUUACCAAGUGGUACCUGGGCUGGAAGGCCAUGCUGUCAGACACGCUACUCGCACAGCCACUGGUCAAGGAGAAGUUCAAUGAGGCGCUGGACAUCAUGAACAGAGCUGUGUCAUCUGGCGUUGGUGACUACAUGCAGCCAGGUGCGCGCGAGAACAUCGCCUACCUGACGCACACGGAGCGCCGGCGUGACUUCCAGUACCGGGCGCCGCAGGAGCGUCAGGAGGCGGAGAGUGUGGCACAGAGGGGCAUCGGGGCCAUGGGGGUGGCGGGCACGGGCGCGGGGGGCGCCUCGGGGAGCACGGGCGUAGGAUCAGUGCCCACCAACCUGAAGGACCUGGUGCAGGCUAAGGCGGCAGAGAAGGGCAUCGUGUUCAUGCCUGUGGUGGGCCGGCGGCACGAGGGAAAGCAGCUCUACACCUUCGGCCGCAUCACCAUCUACAUCGACCGCGGGGUCGUGUUCGUGCAGGGGGAGAGGACAUGGGUGCCCACGUCACUGCAGAGCCUCAUAGACAUGGCCAAGUAGACUGGACUGGACAGUAUUACACCUCAACCCUUAGUGUGUGUGUGGUGUUCGUGCAGGGGCAGAGGACCUGGUACAUGUCAGCCCAGAGCCUCAUAGACAUGCCGAAAUGGACUGGACUGGACAACUUAACCGUGUGUCUGUGUAUGUAUGUUUGGAUCUCUGUGCCCACCUCCUUGCAGAGUCUUAUUUUGAUAUGGCCAAGUAGGCUGGAGAUUCGUUCUGUCUGUCUGUGUGUUUUCGGGUAAGAUCACGGUGUAGUUUUGUAUUCAUUUUUAUGGAUCCACCCUCAAGAACCAUAACAAGGUUUUCUAAUAAAAUGGCUAUUUGAUAUUAAA